ACUUAGCCUCCAUCACCCGCCACUACAAAAGCUCAUCCCCACUUCCAAGUUCUAAUCUUUUCCCAUUUUCCCUUCUUUUUCUUCAUCAAAGUUCCCUUUUUGCAUCCAAUUCAGUAGAGGAAUCUUAACAGACAUCAAAAUCCAACACCAAAAAACAUGGGAGGUGGAAUCAAUGAGGAAGGAGGAGGUGUUGUUGCUGUGGGAGAAAGGGAGGAGGAGAACAAGUGGCCACCAUGGCUGAAACCUCUUUUGAAGACUAACUUCUUUGUUCAAUGCAAAGUCCAUUCAGAUUCCCACAAGACUGAAUGCAACAUGUUUUGUUUGGAUUGUGUGAAUGGGGCUCUUUGCUCUGCUUGUCUGGCUUCCCACAAGGAACACAGAACAAUUCAGAUAAGGAGGUCUUCAUACCAUGAUGUGAUAAGGGUGUCUGAGAUACAGAAAUUUCUGGACAUAGCUGGGGUCCAAACUUACAUUAUAAACAGUGCCAAGAUUGUGUUUUUGAAUGAAAGGCCUCAACCUAGGCCAGGAAAAGGGGUCACCAAUACCUGCCAUGUCUGUGAGCGCAGCCUACUUGAUUCCUUCAGCUUCUGCUCUCUUGGUUGUAAGAUUGUUGGAACCUCCAAGAAGUUCAGGAAGAAUAAAAUGUUAGGUGAGACAGAUGGGUCUGAUGUUGAAGAAUCAAUGAGUGGAGUUAUUAGCAAUGGAAGUGCCAGAAACAAAAUCCAUAACUUCUCACCUUCAACUCCACCACCAACAGUGGUGAAUUACAGAACAGCCAAGAGGAGAAAAGGUGUUCCACAUAGAGCUCCAAUGGGGGGUGGGGAAAUUAUAGAAUACUAAAAUCAUAUAGUGGUUUUGGUCACUCGCCAAUCAGAAUCAACAUUUCCACCUUAAAAGACAUUGCCACUUCCUAAAGUGGCUUCUUAAAAAUAUUAUGCUUUUUUAUAUUUCAUAGUUGUUAUGCCUGAGCCUUGUUCACUGAGGCCGGUGUUGGGAACUACCGUUCUAUCUUGUACAGAAGAAAAGGGGAGAAGAGGGUAUUAGAAUGUUAAAAAGCAAAUAAUUAUUAUAACAAUGUAACAUUUAGUGGGGUGGGGGAGUACUUUUUAUGUUGGUAUAAGAAUGGCAUUCAUGUGUGGGUAUAUGAUGCUAAAUGUACAUAGUGGUUUGUAGAAAAGAAUUUGUAUAGCAUCAAAUUUGACAAUAAGAGAAAGUUAUAGUAUUAAUUUUAUUCCCUUGGUUUGGUA